AUGCAUAUCCCUCAAAGAGCCCUCCUGUUCUUGUCUUUCUUUGUGAGCUUCUUUGUCCUCGUUUCGGAGCAGCAUGGCGUUCGGGGUCGCCUCAUUAAGCCGCCACCUCGUCCACCUGGCCCUGGUCCAUGGCCACCCGCGGUCUGCAACCCCAAUGAAAGGGGACCGCAUCUGCAAGCAAGGCAACAGGCCGCAUUAGCAGACUGGGCUGUCCUCUUCUACGAGAAUGAAGACAUUAUUGGUUCCUUCGACCGCUGGAUUCCUGGGCAGUGGAUCAACCAUAGUCCAAAUGCGGAACAGGGCAGAGAUAAUGCUAUCCAGCGUCUUACGACCCUCUUCGCAGACCCAAGUGUUGCGAUGACACCCUUCAACAUAUUCGCCGGGCAAGGCUACGGCUUUGUCCAUUUCAAAUUCCUCCUACCCAGUAUCAAUGUUACCUUUGCCGCGUGGCACUCCUUUAGGUUUGAAGGAACCUGUUUUGUGGAGCAUUGGGAUGGUGUGCAGAGGAUUUUUGGGAAUGAGACCAAUCCUAUCGCCUUCUUCUAA